AGAUAUAUUUCGCCACAGACCGAGAUGGCCGAAAUCCAUUUUUUGGGCGGAAAUUCAAAACACAGCUGAACCUUGCAUUUUUCUCUGUGUGAGAGUCCACUGUCUGCCCUGCCGACUACCGGGCAGAAACCCGGGCCCGCCUUAUCUGAGCUCAGUGGAGCGGAGUGGCUAUCCCGGCAUGCACGUCGCCAUCUUAUCUUCCGGGGAAGGAAGAAGCUUUCAGCUUUGUGCGGCCGCAGAUCGACGCCGCGCGCGCGCAGUUCAAUCCAUAUCACUCCGCUAGCGCUACGUACGCCUCGCUUCACUUCACCAGCAGAUCCAGCCGACAACCCACGCAAACAAACAAUGGCCGCUCCCUUCCCCGCCGUCGCCGCCGUCAGCAGCAGCGCGCCCUCGUCCGGGCUCCUGCCGCCGCGGCGCGCGGCACCGUGCAGCGCCGUCCCGCUGCCGUCGAUGAGGAGCGCGGCGCCGGGGGUCAGGAUGGCGACGGUGGCCCGCGCGGUGGGCGACGUGGCCGCGGAGGGCAACACGUUCCUCAUCGCCGGCGCCGUGGCCGUCGCGCUCGUCGGCACCGCCUUCCCCAUCUUCUUCUCCCGCAAGGACACGUGCCCCGAGUGCGACGGCGCCGGUUUCGUGCGCAAGUCCGGCUCGACGCUGCGGGCGAACGCGGCCAGGAAGGACCAGGCGCAGAUCGUCUGCGCCAACUGCAACGGCCUCGGCAAGCUCGGCCAGAUCGACAAGUAGAGCCUCCCCUAAUCGACGUCUCUUCUCCAUUUCACGCCUCCUGCUGCGUAUAUAUGUACAUCGAUCGGCCGUCCCGUCGAUCGAUCGUUUCUUCGUCUUCCUCCUCUCCUCCUCCCCUGUUCUUGCAGUUUCGUGGGACGCGGGAAUCCUACAGGAACUGAUCCAUAUAGAGAAGAUCGAGGUCCUGUAGAAUUCCCGGGUCCCGAACUGCACAUCCUUCACUGUGAUUUUUCUUCUUUCUUAGUUUCUUUUACCGCGCUGCGCCGGAUGUGUGAGGUCUCGUGUUAAUAACUGUGUGCCUGUGUAUAGAUGUAUGCUUUGCGUGGACAGUGGAGGUAUAUGUACGUGCGUGUAUGACAAAAUGUACUGACGUCGAACGGGAUUGCAAAAUCUCAGUCAAUGUUAUAUUCGUGAGAUUUUACAUGUAAA